GCAUCAUCUGGCAACACUUGGUCGUCAAAAUUUUUAUUAGUAAGCGUAUUUUUUUCCGUAUUUUGGCCCAGAAAUAAAAUAAAGCUGUUAAAAAGGACAUCAGUUAAACUACACCUCAGAGCCAGGCGGGUCGCAAGACCUGGGAAACAUAACAAAAGAAAUUCUAAAAUUGCAAUUGGGCUUUGUGACGGCGGCAGAAUGUCGAAUUUAUCGGUGGGCCAGAUAAUAAUGGACGCCCAGCGCAUGGCCAGUCGGGUCAAGGACCUGGACGCACUGGGAACAGCGCUGCUCGAGGAGGCGGAGACGAACAAUAGGCUGGUGGAGAGCUUGCGACAGUACCAGGACGACAUCGAGUCGCUCAACCGCAUCUCGAACAACAAGACCAAUGCCGACAUGGUCAAUCGGAUCCAGCAGCAGAAUAUCAACAGCUCGGAGAUACUCAAGGAGAAUCGCGAACUGAAGAUCUGCAUCGAGGACUACGAGCGGGCCAUGGAGCUGAUGAUGCAAAAGUACCGCGAGCACACAGUGUCCAAGGUGCUGGACAGCAAGUUUAACUUCAAGGAGCUGUACAACGAGCGCAUGUGGCAGGUGAUCCGCGAGCAGCGGGAGAAGAUCAACGAGAUGGCCGCCGUAAUGCAGCGGGCGGCCAGCGCGGACGAUGGGGUAGUGCAGCGAGAGCUGCAGACUAUCUCGCAGCUGCGCCUCGAGAAUGAGACACUGCGCGAACUGUUGCAGAUAUCCAAGCAGUACGGAUCUGCCCAGCGUCCAAUACGCGAAAGCGACCACCUGCUGGAGGAGAAAGCCGUGCAGACGGAUAUCAUGGCGGACGACUCGGCUGACGAUCUGUCCAUUUCGGGCGCCUCUGUCGAGAAUAUGAACAACAACUCUGUUAUCCAGAUGUACAGCAGUCCGGAGCCAGCGGCGAAGGCGUGCAACAACUCAUUCAACACUGCCCCCAGUCAGAAUCAAAGUCAAAGCCAAACGCAGCCACAGCCUGCUCCCACGGUGAUCCUGGAGGCGGGGGAUCAGCCUGUGGUCAAUGAUAACAACAAUGGACCUGCAGCAGCCAGCUCGCAUCUGCCACCGCCGCCGCUGGUGCCGUCAGUGACGACGACGCCAAACGACUCUGGCGAGGAGCUAGCGGCCACACCACCCACUGCCGCCGAUGUCCCCAGUGCAACAUGAUAGGCAGAGGUGCUGCUACCUGCCAUUGUUGAAUCAUAUAUGCUCUUCAUUUCGCUCGCGCCGCUGUUGCAUCGUAUUUACUCACUCACCCAACUCACAAAACAGCUCACACAUGAAGAGGGCACACACAUUCGUCAUCGGAUAGCCUGAUUUAGGACCUAGCGAUUAAUAAUCUCUAAUUUAUACAUACGUAUUAGAGCAUAGUGUCUAUAUACACACAUUGUAAACAAUGGAAAUGGAGUUAAUCAUUUAAAUGAAGGCGAAACCCACUCACACACAAACACAAAACGAAUGUAAUAAUGUACACCAUGUACUCUGUCGAUUUUAUGAUUUCUAAAUAAAUUCCGUAACAAAUCGAGAAAUAAUCAGA